UUGAGUCCCUGGUGUUAAACACUGUGUCCCCACAGCAAGCUCUACUGCGGCUUCUCGCUGGCCUCUCUUCAUGGGCUCAGUUACACACCACAAGGCGACUUCUUCACUAAAAACAAGCAGGAAAACAGGAAGAGCCUGAAAAACCAAAGAGCCACCACACUCACCCUGCAGCUGCCCACCAUGAGCAAGUCAAGAGAUGUUGGACCUCAAGUGGCUGGAGCAUUUAAAGAAAGACAGAUAAAACCCACAGCAUUUCGAAAGUUUUAUAAAAGGGGUGACUUCCCUAUUGCUAUGGAACAUGACACUAAAGGAAAUCGAAUCGCCUGGAAGGUGGAAAUUGAAAAACUGGAUUACCAUCACUACCUGCCUCUUUUCUUUGACGGCCUUUGUGAGACAACCCAUCCAUAUGAACUUUUUGCCAGACAAGGAGUCCACGAUCUGUUGGAGCAUGGUGCAACAAAGGUCCUUCCCGUCAUCCCUCAACUUAUCAUCCCCAUAAAAAAUGCACUGAACACUCGGAACAAGCAAGUUAUAUGCACCACGCUGAAAAUCCUGCAGCAUCUUGUUGUGUCAGGAGAUAUGGUGGGCGAGGCUCUGGUCCCUUACUACCGACAGAUAUUACCUAUCCUGAAUAUAUUUAAGAACAUGAAUGUAAAUUCUGGAGACGGCAUCAUCUACAGUCAGCAGAAACGAGAAAAUAUUGGGGACCUUAUAAAUGAAACUCUGGAGGUAUUCGAGCGCUUUGGAGGGGAAGACGCAUUCAUUAACAUAAAAUACAUGAUCCCCACAUACGAGUCAUGCUUACUAAACUAGACAACAACAUCUCUGGAAAAGAACAAACGAUGAAGAUUUGAAAAUUCACACUGUUGUCCUUCCAAACAAUUGUAUUUCUAAGAAUUAGAAUUAUAUUUGAAACAAUAUCAAUAGUAGAAAAAAAAGUUUGAAUUGGUUUAACACUGCAUCUCUAUUUAACAUUAAAUUGAUUUUAUGCCUCGCCUUUAACUAUACCAAACCCUCAUAUUAUCUUGACAAUGAAUGACUUUUAUUAAAUAACUCAUAUAACAAGUGAAAAGUUGUGAAUAACAUGACCCUGUAUACAAGGAACAAUAUUGCCUACAAAUGUUGAAUUGAUUCUGCAAUAAAAAUAUUGAUUAUCCAUUUAAAAGUUGAU